AUGUCUGUCCUCCGCAACAUCAAGAACCUUGCUCCCCUCCUUGACCGCGUCCUGGUCCAGCGUGUCAAGCCCGAGGCCAAGACUGCCUCCGGUAUCUUCCUCCCUGAGAGCAGCGUCAAGGAGCAGAACGAGGCCAAGGUCCUCGCUGUUGGCCCUGGUAUAUUCGACAAGGCUGGUAGCAGACUCCCCAUGAGCGUAGCUGCCGGUGACCACGUCUUGAUCCCUCAGUUCGGUGGAAGCUCCGUCAAGGUCGGCGAGGAAGAGUACACCCUCUUCCGUGACCAUGAGCUUCUUGCCAAGAUCAACAAGCAGUAA